UUUGCUAGUUACGUUUCCCAGAAGGCAUAACGAUAGUUACUGCAUUAUUGUACACAAUCAUCAUGGCGUCUCAGGAUGGAAGUGAAGGCAUCGUAACGAAAACUGAAGAUGGUCUAGAAUUACAUUAUGGGAAUGCAGACAAAGAUGGGAAACCGGCAGCCUGCGAGCCAGUUCCUCGAAAAGACGGCGAAACACCCGUCAGCAAUGGGGGAGAAAUUAAUGACGGGAAAGAAAUGGUCGACUUGAAGAUUAUUUGGAACAAGAACAAGUACGAUUUAAAAAUUUCUCUGGAUGGAACAGGAGCCCAUUUGAAAGAGAGAAUUAAUUCCCUUACAGGUCUUCCACCUGCUAUGCAAAAAGUGAUGUACAAGGGAUUACUGCCUGAGGACAAGACCCUACGUGAAAUCAAAGUAACAAACGGUGCGAAAAUAAUGGUUGUUGGAUCAACAAUUAAUGAUGUAUUAGCAGUCAAUACACCGAAAGAAAUGAUUCAACAAGAAGUAAAAGCUGAGGAAAAUAAAAAAGAACCUUUAUGUCGACAAAAACAACACAGGAAAGUUCUGGAUAAAGGAAAACCUGAAGACAUUAUGCCCUCCCUAAAAGGAACCAAGGAACGUUUACCUACUGUGCCUUUAUCUGGGAUGUACAAUAAAUCAGGUGGAAAAGUGCGGCUCACCUUCAAACUGGAACAAGAUCAACUUUGGAUUGGAACCAAGGAAAGAACAGAGAAGAUUCCAAUGGGAUCCAUUAAGAAUGUGGUGACUGAACCAAUUGAAGGUCAUGAGGACUAUUACAUGAUGGCAUUUCAGUUGGGUCCAACAGAAGCUUCUCAGUAUUGGGUAUAUUGGGUACCUGCACAAUAUGUUGAUGCAAUCAAAGACACAGUCCUGGGAAAGUGGCAAUAUUUUUAAAUGUGCCUCCUUUCUUGAUAAUGAAGAACUGGCAUACAGAACAAAAAUAAAGUAAACAAACUAUCAGUGACAAUGAAGACAGAGACCAUCUGAGGAAACAUCAUGGAGAACUUUAAUGUUUAGGCUGAUGAAAUGAAAGAAAAAAAACAAACAAACUGAAGGAUACCAUUGAAUUGACACUGUGUUUUGUUUUGACUUUAUUCUUGAUAAUUAUGUUGCUGUAUCCCCUUUUACUGGCCUAUUUCACUGUAUGUUUU